UUCCGCUUGGGUACAUCGAGAGGCUGGUCCGGGGAGACUCAAAAGACGGGGGGGCUCGCUCUCUUUUUCUCCGAAGCCCACCGGCCGCCAUCCGCGCGCCCCGCUCCUGCCUGCUAGGAAGGGAGGAACGCCCCCCCCUCGGCGCAUUCAGGACAAGCGACGCACUUCACUUUCCCCGGCUGGCUCUGAGGACGCUCUGAGAAACGGACGUAGAAGGGGAGGCAGUGGGAUGGAGACGCGCAGCCGUGCCGUCACGCAGAGCCACACCGCCCGUCAAACGUAGCGCGCACGCAGAAAGGAAGAAGAUCGGCGCGCAGCCGAGUCACGCGGGCGGAUCUUUGUGUGCACGCGGCGGCGAUGUCCGAGACGGAUUAAGUCGAGAGGCUGCGCCAAAUUGGCACCAAAGCAGGUUGAUACGGCGGAAAGGUGGAAAUAGGACUCCAUAUAUAUUUGUGACUGCAUGUGAGACCACCUUGACCCUUUAAAAUUGAAGAUGAUGUUACUAUGGAAACUCCUGGUCCUGCAGUCACUCAUGGCGAGCCUUGCAGUGUGCACCGUCCUCCAGAGUCCGGUCUUCACCAAACAGCCUGGUAGCAUCGUGUACCCUGUGGAAUCGAUGGAGAAGAGCAGAGAGGUGGUUUUCAGCUGUGAAGCUCAGGCAAGCCCACCUCCGGUGUAUCGAUGGAAACUUAAUGGCACAGAACUCAAACCCAAAUCUGGAUCUCACUUCAGUUUAUCUGGAGGCAACCUCAGAAUCAGCCAUCUGAACAAAGACCAAGAUGCCGGAACCUAUCAGUGCCUCGCCUCCAACGCUUUCGGGACCAUCGUCAGUCGAGAGGCCAGUCUACAAUUUGCAUACCUGGAAAACUUCAAAACCCACAGAAGAAGUUCCGUUUCAGUCCGAGAAGGUCAAGGAGUGGUUCUGUUAUGCGGCCCUCCGCCACAUUCUGGAGAUCUGGAAUUCUCCUGGAUUUUCAAUGAGUACCCAACGUUUGUGGAGCAGGACACACGUCGCUUCAUCUCGCAGGAGACGGGGAAUCUCUACAUCGCUAAAGUCGAGCCCUCUGAUGUGGGCAACUACACCUGUGUCAUUACCCACCCGGUCACAAAGACUCGAGUCCAGGGCCCACUCACCCCACUUGUGCUCCGUAAUGAUGGUGUUAUGGGUGAAUAUGAGCCAAAGAUUGAAGUCCAGUUUCCCGACAUGGUUCAUGUCGCCAAAGGAUCCACUGUGAAGCUGGAAUGCUUUGCGCUGGGCAACCCAGUUCCUUCAGUCAACUGGAGAAAGGUGGACGGCGUUCCUUUCCCCCGGAAAGUGGACAUAAGGAAAGCAAGUGCCGUUCUGGAAAUUCCAUAUUUCCAACAGGAGGACGCCGGCACCUAUGAAUGUGUCGCUGAGAAUUCCCGCGGAAUGAACACCGUCAAAGGAAAGCUUUCUUUUUACGCUCCGCCACAUCUCAUUGAGAAACCUCAAGAUGUCCAAAAGCUCAUCGAUGACUCCUUGGCAUGGCAAUGUAAAGCCACGGGAAAGCCGAAGCCCUCCUACAGGUGGAUGAAAAAUGGAGAGAACCUAGUGCCUGCAGAGGAGCGCGUUCAGGUGAGCGACGGGGCUUUGUCGAUCAGUCGCCUGACCCUGUCGGACACGGGAAUGUACCAGUGUGUCGCCGGGAAUAAGUACGGCGAGGUCUAUUCCAACGCCGAACUACGAGUUAUAGCUGUUGCGCCAGAUUUCUCCCACAACCAAUUGAGGAGCCAGACGUUGGUCAAGGUUGGCGGAGAUAUGCUCAUUGAGUGCAAACCCAAGAUGUCUCCGUGGGGUGUGAUCUCUUGGAGGAAGGGCAGCGAAGUGCUCCAACAAAGUCAAAGGGUUUCCAUUCUGGAUAAUGGUAAUCUUCGCAUAUGGAACGUAAGCAAAUCAGAUGCUGGACCCUACACCUGCGUGGCCAGGAACCAGUUUGGUGUGGCUAGUAGCACAGGAAGUGUCACGGUUAAAGAGCCCACAGUCAUCACUACUCUGCCUGCAACCUUGGACGUGACUGUGGGGGAGAGUGUGGUCCUACCUUGUCAAGUCAGCCACGAUCCCUCACUGGACCUCACGUUCACCUGGUUCUUCAAUGAGCAGCUCAUCCACUUCGGAAGCCAUGGGGGAUUCUUUGAAAAAGUGGGCGGCCAGCAUGCAGCGGGAGACAUUAUGAUUCGAAACAUCCAGCUGAGGCACGCCGGGAAAUACACGUGCGCCGUGCAGACGAAGGUGGACAGCCUCUCUGUUGCCGUUGACUUGGUUGUGAGAGGUCCCCCGGGCUCCCCUAGCGGCACCCAAGUCGAAGAAAUCACAGCUACCACAGUGGCUCUAUCCUGGAGGCCCGGCGCUGAUAAUCACAGUCCAAUUACCGCAUACACCAUCCAGGCCAGGACACCCUUUUCCCUCGGGUGGCAGGCUGUCUCCACAGUUCCCAAAGUGGUCGGGGGCCACCGUCUGACAGCCACUGUGAUUGACCUGAGCCCUUGGGUGGACUACGAGUUUCGAGUCCUGGCCAGCAACGCCAUCGGGACCGGCGAACCCAGCCAGCCAUCCAAACAAGCCAAGACAAAGGGGACCUCUCCGAAGGUCACUCCAGCUAGUGUGAGCGGCGGCGGUGGGAGUCGCUCGGAAUUAGUGAUCACAUGGGAGCCUGUUCCAGAGGAGCAACAAAAUGGAGCGGGGUUCGGCUACGUGGUGGCUUUUCGACCCCACGGCGCCACGGGUUGGAUGCAGGCUGCCGUGCCCUCGGCAGAGACGUCCAAAUACAUCUUCAAAAAUGAAAGCGUCCAGCCCUUUUCGCCUUUUCAGGUGAAGGUCGGCGUGUACAACAACGAGGGAGAAGGUCCGUUCGGACACGUCACGACUAUCUACUCUGCCGAGGAAGAACCCGGCCGAGCACCCACGAGGGUUCGUGCUAAGAGCCUCUCAGCGUCCCAGAUUGAAGUUUCAUGGAAAGCUCUUCCCUGGAAUGCCAGUAAGAAAAGAGUACUGGGCUACGAGCUGAGGUACUGGAAGCGAAGAGAAAAGGAGGACACAGCCAGUGUGCAAAGAACUGUGGGAAAUCAGACAUCAACUAUUAUUCAGGGUGUCAGAGGCAGCACUACGUAUUACAUCUCGGUGAGAGCGUAUAAUACCGCGGGUGCCGGACCUCCCAGCGCCACCGUCAACGUCACCACCAAAAAACCACCACCCAGCCAGCCUCCUGGUAAAGUGAUGUGGAACACAUCCAACUCAAAGAUCAUAUUAAACUGGGAGCAGGUUAAAGCCCUGGAGAAUGAGUCGGAGGUCACAGGUUACAAAGUGCUGUACAAAAAGAACCGACACAGCCAUCCCAAUGUCAUGGAGACAAACACCACCUCGGUGGAGCUCUCCCUGCCCACUGAUGAGGAUUAUAUCAUCCAGAUCAAACCGUUUGGCGAGGGAGGAGAAGGCAGCAGUAGUCGGCAGAUCACCAUCCCGAGGAUAGCAGGUCCCAAUGCAGUCGGCUCGGCAUCCAAGGUCUCCACUCUAUCAGCCCUCAGCACAAUAGCGCUGUCUUUCACGGCGCGGACAUCUUUAUGACAAACAGCUCCCGGCAGACCUUGCAACUGAAGUGGAGACAGUCUACGUCGGAACGCAGGCGCACCUCUCUGGUGGUGUAACUCAACCUAUUCAUUUUGAUUUAAAGACAAAAGGAAUAUGCAGAGGAAAAUAAGGAAUACAAAACAUGCCGCUGGGACAUUGUGGGAAGGUUUUCUUUGGGGUACCUUGGCCACAAGUGGAAGAUGUACAGAUGUCAUGACCAUGUUGUUACCAAAGCAGCUUUCAUAAGAGGAGAAACAAAAUGUUGUGUGUGCAUCUUUUUGUAUGGCAUUCCAAGCUUUAUAUACAUGUUUUCCCCCCAGCUGUCUCGGCAAUUAACAGGAUACCAGAUCUAAAUCUCCCACUAAGUGGUGAAGAAUGACCUUUGACGGCGAAACAGACCGCUUGGUAAUCUUUUUUCUGUCAAAUGAGAUGACGUGCAUCUCUCUUUCAUUUCUCUCUCUUUCUCUCUCUCUGUCCAUAAACAAAACAUGCUAAUGCUUUACCAAACCAGUUGUGACGGGAAAAUGAAGCUUCCAAUGAGCUUCAUAAACCAGUUGUUGGACGCUUCUAGAUGGCACUCCGUUCAACGUUGGGCUGAAAGCUCCCCGACUUGCCAUUUCUUAAAACCCUUUAUUUAACCAACAGUGCCAUCUAGAGGAUUAAAAAAACACAAAUACAAUAACUGGUUCAUGAAGCAAAUUUGAAGCUGCAUUUUGCUGUCACUCUCAACUAGUGAAGUACGUAAACCCAACAACAAGGUUUCAAACGCAAAUAAAAUAAUUGUCCUUUUGAUAAGAAGUAAUUGACAAAAUGUGUAUUUUACACACUACAUACAGUGAGUGUGUCAAUACCGGGACUUUCGUAACAAAUGAUCCAAUCAUGUUACACACAUUUGCUAUAAUUUGAGACGCACCUCACGACACCUUUGGAAUCCACUUUCAUGGCAGAACUGUUUUGCUCAUGAAUAUGGGGUCCAUCUGAGCAAAAAAAAAAAGGGUUAGCGUGAAAAGAUUUUAGAACCAGUCCUCUUUGGUAUUUGAACACAUCUUCAAGUCAAAGAAAAAAAAAAGUCAUCAUCAUCUUUGUGACAGUUGCCACCAGCAGCAGAGUGCUAUCGCUUCUGGGGUCGUCUUCUUCCCUGGUGGUCGGACCCCUGCUCCCCUUUGUUUGGGUUAGCCCAGUGUGAAUAGCUAUUCUUUGCCUUCUGUGUGCCUCAUCAUUACUUCAAAAUCCUCAGGUCCUUCAACAGCCUUAACUUAUCAUAAUGUAUAUUGAAGACAGUAGAAUCGUAGAGCUAUUAUGCAGCCGCAGUGAUGUUUACAUGCUGCUGUUUUGACAGGCGCCAGUGUUGUCAGCUUUGGGAGGGGGCGCGCGUUGAUAGGCGGCUGAGUUCAGUUGAGGGAUUUUGGCAAUAUGAGGCCUCGUGCAUUUUUCUAGUUGUGUGUUCGAAAGACAAUGCUAAAUGACAAUGCUGCUGAUCUUUCCUUUUCCCCGUUCAUCGUCUGCUGAUGCCAUGUGGGACGGCUGUGCAGAGGUGCUAAACGGCCUGUAUGUAGCUCUUAGAGGAGUGUAACUGUCAGCUACUGGCUCUCUCGCGCAGAAUCAUGCAUCAGUGAAUAUGUAAUAUACUGUUUUGUACACUUCAAAUCAUUUAUAUGACCGCCCC